UAGAGGCAGCGAAAAGCCGAACGGAAGGUGAAGUGUUGGUGAAGCCUCUAGGCUUUGCGAUGAAGAAGUUUUUUGGUUUCGGGACUGGGAAGGGGCGUUCAUCCCCGACCUUUCGCACGGAGCUGAUGAAUGGCUUGCAGGCCCCGGUUGACAAGAAUGAAGGAGUCAACAAGUCGCAGCGGGGGUAUAACGUCCGCGUGAAAGAUCUCAAAAAGAUCCACAGAGCUGCCGUCAUGGGCGAUGUAGCGAAAAUGCAGCGGUUGCUACUGCUUGGGAAAGACCUGAAUAAAAGAGACAAGAUGAAACGGACCCCUCUCCAUCUGGCCUGUACCAUCGGCCAUGCCGACAUGGUGACUCUUCUUGUAGAGAGGAAAUGCCAGCUUAACCCCUGUGAUAGAGAAUGUAGGACUCCUCUAAUGAAGGUGUGUGGUAGCAGCUGUGUCUGCCUGAGAUGGAUUUGAUUUAAUUACUUAGAAUGAAAAUCUAUUGCAUUUAAAUGUAACUAAUUGGUGAAAACUGUGGCAUGCUUGC